AAGAAAGAGCGCGCGUGUGAUGUGUUUGUGUAUCCUCAGUGUUUUUCUCUCUUGCGUGUUUCAUUGAGUCUAAACAGAGUCCUGUCUCUGUGUAUUUAAGUGUUGAGACGUUGAUGAUGAGAUGUGCUGUGCUGUAAAUCAGUAGGAACUGAUCUGUUCAUGCUGAUAUAUUGAUGAUUUUAUCACAGAAAUCUCUCAGCUGAAGAAAGAGGAGAUUUAGCAAUGAAACGAGAGGAUGUGGAUUGUUGUGAAUCUUCAGUGUAUGUGACUGAUGAUGGGAGUCUGGAUUCAGUGUGGAUGAGCAGAGAUCAGAGCCGCACACCACAGCCACUGCUGGACUCUAAACUCUCUGAAGAGAAAUCCAGACACACACAGGACUCCGAUCUCAGUCUGACUUUACUCUGUUAUACUGAGUCAAAGCCCACAGACACUCAGGACACUACAGUGUGUGACAGUAAACAGAGCUUACAGGAGGAUCAAACCUCCACAGAGUCUCUGGAUUCUGUCUGUAACACUGGAGAACAGCAGCAGAUCCUUCGGACCAAACUGAAGAUGUGUUCAGUUAAACUCAUCGACUGCACGAACCUCAUGAUGAAGAUUAAAACUGAACCCACAGAAAUCAAAACUGAACCCACAGAAAUCAAAACUGAACCGACAGAAAUCAAAACUGAGCCCACAGAAAUCAAAACUGAACCCACAGAAAUCAAAACUGAGCCCACAGAAAUCAAAACUGAGCCCACAGAAAUCAAAACUGAACCCACAGAAAUCAAAACUGAGCCCACAGAAAUCAAAACUGAACCCACAGAAAUCAAAACUGAACCCACAGAAAUCAAAACUGAGCCCACAGAAAUCAAAACUGAGCCCACAGAAAUCAAAACUGAAGCCACAGAAAUCAAAACUGAACCCACAGAAAUCAAAACUGAACCCACAGAAGAGGAAGAUCGCACUGAGGAAGAUGAUGAUUUUAUUCCAUCAGGAAGGCAGGACCAUGACAGUACUCCCCCCUUAAAGGGACGCCACCGGGCGUUCCUCCAGGGGGCUGUGGCUGCGCAGACUCUGGCUGUGGCUGCGCAGACUCGGGCUGUGGCUGCGCAGACUCGGGCUGUGGCUGCGCAGACUCGGGCUGUGGCUGCGCAGACUCGGGCUGUGGCUGCGCUGGCUGUGGCUGCGCUGGCUGUGGCUGCGCUGGCUGUGGCUGCGCUGGCUGUGGCUGCGCAGGCUGUGGCUGCGCAGACGCAGGCUGUGGCUGCACCAUCCCAUGAGACAGCUCAAACCCGACGGCAGCCAAUCCAAGAAACGGACGGAUCCAGGCAACAGCCCACCUGA